AUGGCAGUGCCACUCAAAUCAACAUCUUCUUCUCAGUGUUCAUCUUCAUCUUCACCAACAUCAUGCUCCAUGAAACUCAAAGCGUUAGUCCAAAACCUCAUCUUCUCUCAAGUUUGUAGACUAAUCCGCGAGAUUUCUAGGGCUUCGUCCAUUAUUAUUAGAGUCGUGAGGAAGAAGCAAUACAAUCUCUUGUCUUUAUCUUCUUCAUUCAAUCCAAAGAGAGCCUCCAAGAAACAAAAGAAUAAUAUAUUCUUCGGCUCCUUCAGACUUCACUACAACUUUUGCUCCUCUCACGUAGUGCCUGUCUCUGCGCCAGUACGUCUCCCCGAGGAGCUCUACUUGGCCCAUCUCCAAUACGACUUUGCUUGGGAGUCAAUGUCUUCGACUGAAUCGGUGGAUGUUCUCGAUGAAUUUCAAGAGCCGCCUCAGCUCUCUAGCUACCUAAGAGAGCUGGAGGAGAAAGUUAGAGACGAGAAAGAGGAAGGGAAAGAGACGGUGAUGAUGAAUGAGAUUGAUAAACUGGCAGAUCUGUUUAUUGCAAAUUGUCAUGAGAAGUUCAUGCUGGAGAAGGUUGAUUCGUAUAGGAGAUUCCAAGAAAUGCUGAAGACAUGCAAGUGA